AUGUGCGUUACAGAAUUUGGCUCUUCGGGAUCGCAAUUCAAAGCACGUAACAUAGUGGAUGAGUUCAAUGAUUUCCGGGAACACUACUACGCUGCAAACCCGAAGCCCACUAAUAAGUGGGCUUUCUCUUUCAUGCGCGAUUUUGUCCAAACCCACGAAUUCAUUGGUGACGAUGAAAAGUUCUGGGUACCGAGGAAGCGUCUUCAAGAUAUCUCAAGUACACCAUCCCUCCGCAACGGGACCCAUACGCCAAAGGCGGCUAUGACACUAUUGUCAAUUAGAUUACAGACAGUAUUAUCGCGUAUAGACGCCUCUUUAGUAGGGAGCAUCACAGCCUCAUCUAUCCUGCUACACCACAGUAUCAAACCAGACUCAGAAUGGCCGGUCUUAGCCCAUGCUUUUCUUGCUAUCAAUCUUCAUCUCAUCAAAGGAUCCAAGAUUUUGUGCAUCCUUCUCAGUCCGCCAGUCGUCCACGAAAUAGAAAUGAUGGAGGAUCAACAAAAUAUUUUCGAAUAUCUGGAACCACUCCUCGAGCUCUUCCGUGUUGGGCUAUACAAAGUGCUUCCUCCCAUAGUUGAUUUCAAAGUAACGAAAUAG